AUGGCCACCCCUAGUGUUCUCACCUUUGAUGCUGAGGGUCGGGCUGUCGACUUUGAGGUCUGGGUCGAUGAUCUGCAGCUUUUCCUUCAGUGCGAUAGAAAAGAUGGUCUCUCACUGUUUGAUCUCACGUCUGGCACCUCUGCUGCCCCUACUGCUGAUGCUGACAGCACUGUUCGCUCACAGUGGGCCACACGCGAUGCUGCUGCCCGUCUUGCUGUGCGUAGUCACUUGCCGUCCACUGAGCGCGCGCACUUUAGUCAGUACAAGAGUGCUAAGACCUUGUACGACGCUGUAGUUGCACGCUACUCUUCCCCUGCCACUGCUGCCCUUAGUCGCCUCAUGCUGCCGUACCUGUUCCCUGACCUCGCCGCCUUUCCCACAGUCACUGACCUCAUUACGCACCUUCCCACUAGUGACACCCGCUACCGCGCUGCGCUUCCUGCUGAGUUCUUCACCCGGCUCCCUGACUCCCUUCACUCGGCCAGGGACCACUUCCUCUCAGUUUGCCCCACCACACUCACCGUUGACCUCCUCAAGGAGCGCCUCCUGGCAGCUGAGAAGAGUAUAGUCGCUGUAGGAGCCUCUCGUGGUGACCCUCGUACCCCCUUCUUUGAGGUGUGCUCCCCCUCCCCCCUUUUGCCCUCUGUUGCCUCUACUGCUGCGGUUGACCUCGUUGGCAACGAGUCGGUCGGCGCUGCGUCUGCCCCUAGCGUGAGACGCCGCAACGGCAGGGGCAAGGGGGGCAAGGGCGCUGGAGGGGAUGGCGGGGGCGGUGGAGGUGGCGGUGGAGGAGGCACCAUGUGUGACAGAGUUAGGGUAAUGGUGCGGCGUGCUCUGUCCCGGGUGAUCUGCAAGCCAAGGUAG